AUAUCCUGCCCCUCCCCCUUGAGUUAGCCUGGGGGAAGAAGGGGGUGCCGGGGCCAGGGUUCCCAGGACUGGGAAGGAGCCCGCAGGCUCAGAGUGCUGAGGGAGAAGCAGACCUGGAGAGGCUGAGGGCCGGGGGGACCGACGCGACGCCAUGUGGCAGCUGCUGAUGCCGCUGGCCCUGUGGCUGGGCGCGGUGGGCCUGGGCAGAGCUGAGCUCACAGCAGCACAGCAGCGCGGCCUGCAGGUGGCCCUGGAAGAGUUCCACAAGCACCCACCCGUCCAGUGGGCCUUCAGGGAGACCGGCGUGGACAGCGCCACGGAAACGCCCUUCCCUGCAGGGACCUUUGUGAGGCUGGAAUUUAAGCUCCAGCAGACCAGCUGCCGGAAGAAGGACUGGAAAAAAGCGGAGUGCAAAAUCAAGCCCAACGGGAGGAAGCGGAAAUGCCUGGCCUGCAUCAAACUGAACUCUGCAGAUAAAGUCCUCGGCCGGAUGGUCCACUGCCCCAUACACACGCAGGCUCUCCGGGAGCCCGAGGAGCACCAGGAGGCUCAGUGCGGCAGGGUGGAGCGCGCGGGCGAGGACCCCCACAGCUACUACUUCCCAGGACAGUUUGCCUUCUUCAAGGCCCUGCCCCCGAGCUGAGGCCCGACGGGAGAUGAAUUCUGUCCCGCUUCCCAGACAGCUGCAGGAGCUGACCAGUGCAACACUGACCUGCCGUCCCUGAGCCCAGGGAGUACGAGCCCAUUAUCCCGAGCCAAUAAACUGCUCUCCCAGACUC